CCGCGCAGACCAGCGCACAGACAGGCUGCAGCUGCGGACCGGCGGGCAGACAGGAGGCGUGCAGGAGCCGCGGGCGUGGAGUACUGGGGCGCAGGGGGUGUCCCAAAAACCAGGAAGGAGGACAAUGGACUCCUUAAAACUCCUCCACGUCCCGCUGGCCAUGCUGACCUCAGCAUCCACUCUCCUCGCUCCCAGGAUGCUCUGGGUCCUCUUGUUCUUGGCCACCUUCAGGAGUGCUCAGAGUGGAAACUGGGAUCACCCCAACUGCACCAGGGGUGUGGUUUCUGUGUUGCGGGGCAAGCCAGCCACGAUAACCUGCAGCAUCUCCAAUGCCUUCUCCCACAUCAACAUCUCCCUGCAAACGAACCCCACGGCACCCUGGAAGCUCAUCUUCAGUGUAAAGGCCCCAGGAAACUUCAGCCAGGAUGGAUGGCAGCUCUGGAUUCGAGAGGGCGAGGCGCAUCUGGUGAUUGAAGAAGCCCAGGACACCCAGGCAGGGCAGUACAAGUGGAAUCUGAAGGGGCGCCAGAGAAAUGUCGAAAUCACCACUCUGAACGUCUCGGAGCCGCAAGACCUGCUCCUCACACCUUCCGCAGGCCCAGAAAUGAAGCUGCGCAGUCUCAAGACUGAUCCCGAGGACAAGAGCCAGAUCCAAGUGGUCUUCCCCAUCCUCGCCCUGGUCAUCCUCUUCAUCCUACUGAUCUGCACGCUGGCCUGGUGUCGAAGGCAUCGUUCCCCACUCUCCAGGCUUCAGCAGCGCCUGAAAGUGGUACUGGGAGGUGGCGGUGGCACGCCGUUGGGCACCACAGACAGGAAGAACCGUGACACCUCGGUGAGAGGGGCCCCUGCUCUUCCUUCUGCAGUGAGCAUGGUUGGGCUCCUGAGGCUCCUGCUGCUCCCCUUGCUCCAGGCCUCCCGAGAGGUGUGGCAGUCCCCCAGCAAAAUGAUCGCUUUAGAGGGGGACUCCGUCAACAUCACCUGCUCCACCCCGGGCACCCUGCAUGGCAUCUACCUGAAACAAACGUGGCCAAGCAACAGCGAUGUGAUUUACUAUGAAGAUGGGUUGGAGCCCACCGUGGACCCGCGGUUCCAGGGCCGCAUUGCCUUCUCAGGGCUGCAACACAACCUGACCGUCAGCUUGUACCACCUGCAGUUGGCUGACACCGGGGGCUACACCUGCGUGGCCAUAAUGGAUGAUAAGAUCUUUGGUCCUGGCACCUUGGUCAUGGUGACAGACCAACUGCCCCAGGCAGUGAACACGUGCCAGGAGUCUUGGCUGAUACACUUUGCCCUCCCCACGACCCUGGCUGUGGGCUUCUUCCUCAUCGGGCUGGGACUGGGAGCAGUGUGUGUGCUGAAAAGAACACAGAUCCAGAAACUCUGCUGUGCGAAGGAUAAGAGCCCAGUGUACGUGGUCUAUGAGGACAUGUCCCACAGCCGCUGUAACACCAUGUCCAUCCCCAACCAAUACCAGUGAGCCCGCAGGACCCCAGGCCCGCCUCUGUCCAGCAGAGCUCUGGGCCGAUCAUCCACCCAGAACGAACACACAGGCAGCUUCCCACAGUAGUCAGGCUCCCACAGCCUCCUCCAGGAAGCCCUCCUUGCCUGCCUCCCACCCUUGAGGCUGCUCCUGGCACCUUGGAACCACUGGGAAGGAAACUUCUCUGUCCCACGGCUACCCUGGCCCUUGCAUGGCAGAAGAGGCUGCUCUGAAGGAUAGACUUGCCUUGGGGCAGUGGUCAACUGGGGGACUGGGACCUGAACUCUGACCCCAGUCAAGCCUUGCCAGAAAUAAAGGACUUCUCUUCUCCCCUUUCCAA